GCGACAGGAACGAGCCGUUCCUCUGGGCCAAAGUCAGAGUCUAUUUUGGCGCUGACUUUGGGUAUCGACUGGCUGAGAAAGUUCCCGAAGCUGGCGCUUGGCAUGAGCAUGGAAAGCCACAGCGUUUAAGCGCACCUGGGGAACUACAUUCUGUAUUGAGCGUUUGCGCGCGCGAAAGUAAGCCUUUCCUUGGAUUCCGACGACUGUGAAUCGUUGGACGUGUGGAUGGCGUCGCAUGAGGUUGAUCAGAAGGCCCUGGGGGCCUUUGCGGCUUCCACAGGGCUGGAGGAUCCGUUCUUGUCUACGAUGCUGUACAAAGUCUUGGGUUUGUCGGUGAUGCUUUCCAAGAAGCUUCUUCGUGCACGGCGGCUGCGACGUUUGGAUCCGACUCGCGAAACGAGAUCCCUUCAGAUGUACCAUCACAUCAUAUGGCUUUCGCGCGAAGGUCUUUUAAUUCUGGAAGAGUUCGUUCUUCCAAUGGUCGAAGCGUAUGUGGAAUUGAAGGUCCUGGCGCAUAAACUUCGAGCUUCAUUUUAUCAUAUAUUUGUUUUGUUCCACAACCAGCCGGCUGUUCACUCUCCCGGUGUCAUCGGUUUACCAGCCAAUGGUGCUACGAUUAGUGGCACAGGACUCGGGAUAUUGUCUCAGGAGCCAGGGACAAGAUUCUCUUUCAAAUCAAAACCAGAAAUACUGCCCGUACCGGUAGAACUGGCAUCUCGCUGGGAACAUCUAUCGGCAGGGAGAGUCGCCCAACAUCCUCCGGGUCUUGCACCUGUUCAACCGCCCAAACCGGCAGCAUCGUUUCUUCUUCCACUGCAAGAUUUCACUACAACGGCCACAGCCUGUUUCAACCAUGCCGCCACAUUAGCGGAGCGAAUGCUACCGGGAUCCCAUCCACUGCGACUGUCCGUCAAGCUCGAAUACGCCGCCUAUAUCUACGACUGUCUGCAUGACCCCACCGCCUGUCGACGACUAGCGAAGCAGGCUAUUGCCGAUGUAUACAAUGCCCGGGAAGGAAUGGACGACGAUAGCUUCGAAGACGCCGCCGAGAUAGUCAGAGUGCUAGGGCGAAUGGUCAAGCGCGGCGGCAAACCAAGCAGCGGAGGCAGCACAACCCGCACCGGAACUCCGGGUGGGGACAAAUCAAGGAGCGAGGGGAGUGAAACUUCGCAAACGAGGAGGGGCACAGCUACGACCACCACAGCUACGACAACUACAACAAUGAUGUCGCCCAAAUCCGAGACACCGGCGACGAUGACGAAUCGUAUAUGAUAAAGAGUUGUACUAUGGGGUUACUCUGUAUAGGGACCAUGAAGUGUACAGGAACAUGGACUGAUGAGGUGUUUGUCAUACUAUGAAUGAUUAAUGAUCUUUGCAUUGUUUUCUAUAUAAUCUGCUGCCUGAUGCUAUACAAAUACAUUAUCCUGAUUUAUUGUC